AAUAUUUACUUAUGGGCCUCUUAUGUUAAUAGCCCAAUCUAUUCUUAUAUAUACAUUGUACAAACUCUUCUAAGAGUGAACAAUUCUUCUCAAUUCCAUUAUGGUAUCAGAGCUGAGGAAUGGUUUGAAGCUUUUCAUAAAAAAUCUUCAUUCUUUGACACCAGAAAAGCUAGAUGACUCAAAUUUUCCGGCCUGGGUUUCUACCAUCUCUGCAAAUCUCUUGGCUCAUCGUCUUAUGGGAUAUGUUGAUGGAACAAUUGCCGCCCCUCCGUCAACUGUGAGCGUUACUGACAAGGAAGGGGCUGUUAAGUUUGUUCCCAAUCCUGAAUAUGAGAUAUGGUCAGUCAUUGAUGCUCAACUAUGUGCUUGUUUGCUUGCCACCAUCAGUCCGUCAGUCCAAAGUUAUCUUCAGGGCCAACACUCUGCAGCAACCAUUUGGAAUCAUCUUCAACUACGGUAUAAUUCUUUGUCCAGAACUCAUAUUUUUCAGUUAAAAGAGCAACUUCGCAGUCUUCAUAAAGGCACAGAUUCUAUGCAAAAAUAUCUUGAUGCUGCUGUUAAAAUUGUUGCUGAUUUGAAACGUGCGAAAUCUGAUAUUUCUGAUCAAGAUAUAAUUUUAUGCAUACUUCGUGGUUUGCCAUCUGAGUAUGCUGCCAUAAAACAGAACAUCCGGACUAAUAUUGGACCAUCUUCCACCCCACCUCCACACGCAUUUUAUGCGAGUCAAUCCUCUGCUCCAAAUGAAAGCUGGUUUUUAGAUACAGGAGCUAAUGCUCAUGUUACUCCGGAUCUGUCUCGUCUCUACUCACACACUCCAUACUCUGGUACUAAGACUGUUACUAGUGCAGGUGGUCAUCCUUUACCUAUUGCAAAUGUUGGUUCAGAAUUGCAGAAGCAUAUAUGGAAACAUUACAAGAAGUAUUGAAAUGGAUAAGAGAUUGCUUCAUUCAUAUUAAUUAGCACAAUAGCGUGCAUACAGAAGAAAUAACAAUGAUCUAUUGAUCGACCUGUGCAAUAUCUAUUGUGCAAUAAUACAUUGGAUUUCAUUGGAAAAAGUUUGAGAAAGAGUUAGGUGUCUUUUCAUAGAAUGGCUCCUCCCUUGGGUCGAUGAGGUGUACUUGAUUUCGGUCGAAGUACCAGUCCAGUAAUGCGCUCUCAAAUGACUGCCAAAUCAUAAAUUCAAAGCAUUCAU